AUGGCCACCGCCAACGAUUCCUUUUCCAACCAGUCCUCCUGGGGACCCCUCGAGACAUUGCAGGCAUUCCCAAGCCCAUUGGAGAAGCCAGUACCAUACUUCAUCACAGCUUUCUUGCUAUUCGUCUUCUACUUCUCUAUACAGCAAGCAGAGCAGGCGCCUCACACAGAUCUGCCGAUUGUCAACCCUAAGCACAAGUGGGAUUUUACCGGGCUAAAAGUCAAGUAUGACUUCAUCACAAAGGUCCGGAAUAUCGUGUUGGAGAGGGCGAAAACAAACCCCGAUGAGGCCUACCAGGUCUUGACGGACAUGGGAGAUAUGACGAUCCUUCCCGCGGUACCCUUUGCCAACGAGAUUCGCAACCACGAGGACCUCAGCUUCGACCGCGUUCUUGAUAAGAACUUCCAUGCCCAGAUGCCCGGCUUUGAGCCUUUGAAGGAGAAUAACGCGCAAAAGUCCGUCCUCAAAUACGUUAUUCGCACAAGAUUGACCCAGUUCCUUUCAAAGCUGACAUCUCCCGUUUCCGACGAGACAACGCUGUCAUUGACCGACGUUUUGGGAGAGGAUAAGGAAUGGUCCACCGUGGUAAUCAAGGAGAACAUGCUCAAGGUCGUAGCCCGAGUGUCCACCCGCGUCUUCGGCGGCGAGCAACUCUGUCGCAACCAGGAUUGGAUCAAGAUUACCUCCGAAUACGCCCGAACCAGCUUCCUCGCCUCAGAGUUUCUCCGAAUGUUCCCCAAGUCUCUACGUAACCUUGCCCACCAGGUCCUUCCCAUCUGUCGUCAACUCCAAGCGCAAGUCAAGGAGGCCAGAGAGAUCAUCAACCCCAUUGUGGAGGAGCGCCGCAAGGAAAAGAAGGCAGCUUUGGAUCGCGGCGAGGAGGAGCCUGAGUGGAAUGACUGUCUUGACUGGUGUGAGGAAGCAUCCGACGACGCCAAAUCGGACCCUGCGAUGAUGCAGCUUGGACUUUCUUUCGCCGCUCUCCACACCACCUCUGAUCUGAUCACCCAGGUGAUGCUCGACCUCGCCAAGUACCCCGACUACUUUGAGCCGCUUCGCAAGGAAAUUACCGACGUUAUUCGCACCGAUGGCUGGGCUCGCAUGGGUCUCUACAAGAUGCGCCUCCUGGACUCCUUCUGCAAGGAGACUCAGCGUCUUCACCCCAUUGGCAUCGUUGCCAUGCACCGUGAAGCCACCAAGCCCGUGACCCUCUCCAACGGACUGGAACUCCCUGAGGGCAGCCGCAUCGCUGUCAGCUGUCAAAGAAUGACCGAUGGCUCCGUCUACUUGGACCCCAGCCGCUUUGACGGAUACCGUUACCUGCGCAUGCGCGAGUCCCUUGGCGCCGGAAACGAUGGAGCCGCGCACUUUGUUAGCACCUCGCCCGAGCACCUUGGUUUCGGCCACGGUCAGCACGCCUGCCCUGGACGUUUCUUCGCCGCCAACGAGGUCAAGAUUAUUCUCUGCCACCUCCUUCUCAAGUACGACUGGAGACUGGCGGCUGAGCAGCAGCCCAACACAAUCAACUUUGGAUUCACUAUGGAGGUUGACCCCAAGGCCAAGCUCGAGAUCCGGCGGAGGACUGGCGACUUGGGCCUCAAGGCAUGA